AUGGGACCCAUCAAGGAAGACGACCUGGACCUACGGGUAUCAGACAUCUUAACAUCCGAUCUACAGUGGAACAAAAAGAGAAUAGAGGAACUCUUACCAUUGUACGCUGAGAAGAUUCAGGGUCUACAACCGAGCUUGAAGGGGAUGGAAGACACCUAUAUUUGGCAGCCGCUGGCAACAGGAGUGUACACAACACGAUCAGGCUACAACUCUGCUGUCGGAGAAGCACAGCCUAGAAAUGAAACCAGCAACAUCAACUCGCAAGAUUUUCACUGGAUUAAAGACUUAUGGGCCAAGGAGUACUCACCAAAACUGAAAGUCUUUGUGUGGUCCAUCAUCCAGGGAGCAAUACCACUAGGAGAAAAUCUGCAGAAGAGAGGUAUGGGGUUAGACGUUUGGUGCCCCCAUUGCAAGGAACCAGAAACCCCAUUACAUACCUUCUUUCUCUGUGAAUUUGCGAGUAAAGUCUGGGCAAACAUCCCGUUGAAGGAGACAGUUCACAUAGCUGUAGGAGAUUCUUUCAAAGUUGCAAUCACCCGGUUCCGCCAGGCUAUAUGUCUCCCCCCAGUAGGGGUCUCGACAGAUAUUAUGCCUUGGAUUUGCUGGUCAAUCUGGAAGGACCGCAACUCCCGCCUCUUUGAGAAUCGAGGAUCAACACCUGAGGAGAUAGCAAUAAGAGGGAUCAGGCUAGCGAGAGAAUGGAACCAAGCACAACAAGCAAAUGAGAAAAAGGAGAAAAACUUACCUCGAGUGGACAAUCAACAGAGACAACCGACGACGAAUCUGAUUGAAUGUCGAACAGAUGCGGCUUGGAAUAAAGGAAAGAAGAGGGCAGGUCUGGCUUGGGUCUUCAACGGCCUACCAAACACUCUCCAGAGAAGUGGAUCGACGACACAGGAUUUCGUCACUUCCCCCUUGAUCGCGGAAGCACUUGCGAUUCGAUCAGGGCUUUGCAUGGCGGCAACGAUGGAGCUCCCAAAGCUCAAAGUUUGCUCCGACAGCUCAACGCUCAUAGCAGCAAUCAACAACAAGUACCAGAUGAAGGAAAUUGUGGGUAUCGUCAGAGACAUCCAAGAAAUCUCCUCUGGUUUCGAUUUCAUUAGUUUCACGCAUAUCUCUCGUAAGAACAAUGGAGAGGCAGACUCUCUUGCUAAACAGGCCUUAGGGCUUUCUCUUUGUAAUAUUUAA